AUGCCAAUUUUCAAGGGACAGGGGCAUGCUUACCUUCGUCAUCGAUCCGAUUCCUGCCUGGGAUGGCACUGCCUCAGUUCAGCUACACAUUUUGGCAUCAUAUUCUCCAUUGUCGUUGUCUUCAUCAUCUUAUCAAUAGUGUGGAUGUAUUACAUGGGGAGAGCGAGCAUCUUCCGCAAACAAUCUGACGCACACAAUGUUCACCGCAGACAAAGAAACAGACACCACCAUCGCAAUCUGAAAGGCCCUGCAAGACCAGUGUCGCAUGUGGUGCAGCAAAUUCCCGUUUUGCAGUAUGGAGUUGCUCAACAAGCCCCUAUUUAUAUCUUCUCUGGGCCUCAGGUCCUUCCAGCUCAGCCACUCAGCGUCAUGAAUUCUCAUGUUCCAUUACCAGCGGCAGCACUUCGACCACCUGAAGCACAUCAACCAAAGGUUGCUGAUGAUAUAGCGUUUGAGCCCCCCAAAGCACAAGGACAUCACCAAGAAAAAGCCCAGCGUUCGCAUGAAGAGUCUUCAACACAUCAUCCCACAUGGUGGCAACGGUUCUACAGGGCAUUCAAUCUACCCGUUGGAGCGGCAUCUACUGUGGCAAGCUCUCCAUCUCCGGAGCCUGCAGAGCCUUCAAAGGCAGCAAAUAUUGGCAUCUGCCAGUCGGCUUCAUAUCCGAGUUUCGAAGAUCGCGCAGUGCAAGUUGAUAGCCAGAAGGAGGCAAGAGACUUGGAACGGCCAGUCAAAGAGCAAGAUGAAAUAUCAUCUAUCGUAUGCAAUCUCAACUCUUCUAGUGACUCCAUGCAGUCUAUCCGGAGUGAUGUCGCAACGGUCCAUAGUGACGACUAUGAGGUGGUCUCUCGGUGA